GAAUUUGCUAUGUGACGUCCGUUGCUUUUAAUAGUGACUACCUACACUAAUCAAACUGCUCAUAUGCAGUCGGGACUGGAGUUUGGUAAUUUAUGAUACCAAAAUGACUUCCAGUGAAGAUCUUUCUAAAGGAAAUACCAGUAAGCCAUCAAACACAGACGAUGAGGAUGUCGGUAUCCCAAACUUGGGAUUUCAGCCGUACCCAGAAGAACACAAAUCUGAUAAUACAUCUGGAAAUAAACGAGCGGACGAACCUAGUGGAUUAGGGAAAUACAACUACAAACCGUUUCUUCCAUGUGCACCCAGAAAUCCGGAAAAAGCCAGAAUUGAUGAUUCAGGAUUCUUUUCACUGAUGUUUAUGUCAUGGGCAUCACACACUGUUAUGAAAGGUUUUAAAAAGCCUUUACAAUCAGAGGAUCUUGAUAAGCUUUCUCCAUAUGAGACCAUGGAAUACAACGGACAAAGAAUCAAACGACUGUGGGACUACGAGGUUGAUAAAGUUGGAUUAAAGAAUGCAUCGCUCGGGAAGGUAGUAUGGAGAGCCGUUCGAACAAGGCUGAUAUUUGGUGUUAUAAUGUUUGGCAUGUCACAAUUGUUUACUUUCCUAGGACCGGCUUUGUUUAUUCGGUUUAUUCUGGAAUAUUUAGAAAACAAAGAUUCGUCGUCUGUUGAGUAUGGGAUUGCCCUGGUGCUUGGUCUGUUGCUGAUGGAGUUAAUUCGUACUUCGUUCUUGUCCUUGAGUUUUUUCCUUAACAUACGAACAGGAACUCGAGCAAGAAGUAUGAUUUAUGCAUUACUUUACGAGAAGUUGACUCGAUUGCGGAAUGUUGGAGAUAAGAGUAUUGGAGAGUUUGUCAACAUUUGUGCGUCUGAUGCUCAAAGAGUUUACGAGGGUGUAUCCUUUAGCAACUUUCUUGUUGGUGGUCCUAUUGUUAUCUUAAUGGCUGUUAUUUAUACGACGUAUUUAAUUGGGCCUGCAGCGCUGGUCGGCUGUGGUUUGUUUUUAUUGGUUUAUCCCGUUCAAGUAACCGUCGCAAGGCUUGCUGGAAAACUACGUGGAAAGGUCGUCAGGAUAACAGAUAAAAGGGUUCGAUUGAUGAGCGAGAUGUUGAAUUGUAUCAAGCUUAUCAAAAUGUACGCGUGGGAGAAUUCAUUUGAAAAAUCAAUAGUUGAGAAGAGAGUGUCCGAGCGUAAAGCGCUGACGAAGUCAAGUCUUCUUCAAGGCAUAAACAUGUCUAUUGCUCUAAUUAUACCAACCAUUGCAACUGUAUCAACCUUUAGUGUUCAUGUAGCAACCGGUCAAGACCUUACUUCAGCACAGGAGUUUGCAACUCUCAUAAAAGUGUUUCUUCACGAAGUUGAAGAGGAACUUGAGGAACAGUCCAAACUUGCUGAAGACGAAGAUCUUACACAAUUUUUGGAGCGUGCUCGUUCAAAUAGCACAUGGUCAACAGCCUCCGCUGAAGACGUUCUGCAGAUAUUUAAUCGCCAGCUAAGCAUUAAUCGAAGCUUCCCCGAUGCUAGCACCGAUGAAGGUUUUAUUAGUCAAAAGUUUACACCAGUUAGAAAUAGCCAGCGAUCAAGCUUUCGUAGCAAUUUGGAACCUUUCAAAAGACAAAUGAGUAUUGAUUCUGCCCCAAGAUCCAGCUUUCGUAGCACUAUGGAGAACUUUAAACGGCAAAUGAGCACUGAUUCAGCUCCAGAUCCCGAUGUUUGUCCCACGCCACAUGUUCCGGAACAGCCCAAAGAAGAUAAUGACGUCCCUAAGUCACGUGAAGAAGCUGGUAAACUGACUCAAUCAGAAGAUCGUGAAGAAGGUUCAGUUAGUUUAGCAACAUACGGCAAGUACUUCAAAGCAGCGGGAGGUUUUAUCGUUUGUUUUCUGGUGUUUCUGUUUUUCUGCCUCGCGCUGGGUAUUCAAACAUUCACCGAGUCCUGGUUGAGUUACUGGCUUGACUCUGCAGCUCGKAAGAAUUUAACUACCCCAGAAAAGUCUGGUAUUCGUUCUGACAAUCCCGACAACAACUUCUACAUAAUGGUAUUCUGCUUGGGCUCACUGGCUUUCCUUCUGGCCUUGCUCUUGAAGACUUAUGUCUUUGUCAAGCUAACCCUUAAAGCAUCUUCUAAACUCCAUGACCGUGUGUUUGCUAACGUGAUGCGAGGAACCAUGGCAUUCUUCGAUGUUACUCCAACUGGACGAAUACUAAACCGGUUCUCAAAGGAUUUAGACGAGAUCGAUGCACAGCUACCAUGGACUCUCGAAAGCUUCACACAAAACGUUUUACGUAUCAUAAUCUCAAUUGCACUUGUAGCAGUUAUGUUCCCAUGGUUCCUUGUUGCUGUAGUUCCAUUGAUGAUKAUUUUUUUCAUCUUGAAUAAGUAUUUUCGACGAUCGGUGCGCGAGCUGAAGCGCUUGGAUGGUGUUACUCGGUCGCCUAUCUUCACGCAUUUGACUGCUACUGUACAAGGUCUGUCCACUCUUCACGCGUUUGAUAAAAUGGGGGAUUUUAACAAAACAUUUAAAGUCCUGGUCGACAACAACACUUUGCCAUUCUUUAUGUAUUUCGUUUCUAACAGAUGGCUGUCGGUUCGUCUCGACAUGAUCACUGUCACCAUUACUUGUGUAACAGCUUUGCUGGUGGUACUGACAAAAGGCACGUUACCUGCAGCUUUCGCUGGGCUUGCCUUGUCCUAUGCAAUUAGGAUUACAGGUCUUUUCCAAUUCACUGUACGUAUGGCAGCAGAAACCGAGUCCAGGUUUACAAGUGUUGAAAGGAUGGCUUCUUACAUUGAAGCUGUUCCCCUCGAAGCUCCGGCAGAAAUCAAGGAGACAAAACCUCCAAAUGAAUGGCCGCAAAAUGGUACAAUCACAUUUAACCAAGUCAAGAUGCGAUACCGUCCUGGUCUUCCAUUGGUUCUCAACAAUGUGACUGGCUAUAUCCAUGGCAAUGAGAAGAUUGGCAUCGUUGGACGGACUGGUUCAGGGAAGUCAUCUCUUGGGAUUGUAUUAUGGCGUCUUGUUGAAAAUGCAGCUGGCACUAUUAAAAUCGACAAUGUUGAUAUAUCAACAAUAGGUCUACGUGAUUUACGCUCAAGAAUUUCUAUUAUUCCUCAAGACCCAGUUCUCUUCAUAGGAACCAUCAGAUAUAACCUUGAUCCUUUUGGGGAGCACCCUGAUGAAGCGAUAUGGACUGCUCUGGAACGUGCUCAUCUGAAAGAUAUGGUCAGCAAUCUACCACUUAAGCUGUUGGCUCCAGUCGUUGAAAAUGGUGAGAAUUUUUCUGUUGGUGAACGACAGCUGAUUUGCAUGGCACGAGCACUGUUGAGGAAUAGUAAGGUUCUCAUGCUUGAUGAAGCCACUGCUGCUAUCGACUCAGAAACAGAUGCGAAGAUUCAAGAUACAAUUCGAGAGUCAUUCAGCAAUUGUACACUUCUCACAAUUGCCCACAGACUUAACACAGUGUUGUCAGCGGACAGGAUCAUUGUAAUGGAAGAAGGAAAGAUAAUCGAGUUUGAGUCACCAUCCAUGCUGGCUAUUGAUCCAGACUCACAUUUUAGUAAGUUAUUACAAGCAGCAGACCUACAAAAAGCGCAAAGUGCCGCUGACAAGUCUCGCUCCAAGCAGAAAACAGAACAGCACUUGAAAGUCCCGGAUGACCCUCCACAUAAAAUUGAGCAGGAUUUCGAAGCCCCGGAUGAUGCCUCACCAGCUAAUACCAUUGUCCCAAAAAUUACUCUUGCUCAGUGCGAAGACGAUCUUGAGGAUACCCAAUUUUGAGUGUAACAAUUCAAUAUCAUAAAACGACUUGUAAGAGUAAAGAGUGCUAAUGUGACUAAAGAAACUUAGAAUACAGAAUGAGUAUCGCUACUUGGGUACCGUAGAUGGACCAUUUGUAUUGUGGACGUGAUCGGGACUGAUUGAAAGCCAUGAUGGUGGAAUGCAACUAAACGGAAAACCCGUGACGCUAAUGCUAAAAAUAUAAAUUUACAAUUUUAUGUWUAUUAUAUAAUGUGUGUAUAGCACUAAUGUAUAGCACUAAUGUAUUCAUGUACUAAUACCGAGCUAUACAUGUCAACCAGGAGGAGCCAACGUAGUUUGUUCGUCUAAAUAGCUGUUCUUGUACGAAUUUUCCAGGGAAAGGGGUUUUGAGCUACAUUAUAUACUGAUAAUCUCACAAGMAAAUGUGGCGCCCUUUCUUCUUUAAAAUAAAUUUGUUCCUGGCAAACGUUUUUAAUGUCAAAAAAGGCUUACAUAACAUUUUUAUGGUCAAAAACGGCUUAUAUUUAUUUUAGUUAGGAAAUUUUUAUUUUCUUGACAAAAAUACUUAGAAAGUAUUCCUUGCCUGGAGAGUUUUUUUUCCUGAAUUUCUCUCUGGCAACUAGUUGUGACUUAUACAGUGGCUGGGACAUAAGAACAGAUAUAUUUCUCCCAAUAACCCGUCGGCUCCUCCUACAAGUUCUUGAAGGAAAAAUUAAUAAAACUCACUUCUUCAAUGGCAAUUAGUACUUGAGAAAGCCCUAACCUUGGUAUUCUGUAUUCCACAUAUCUUUAGAAGUAUUUGAAAUUAUGUGCUUUAUCUUUUGGCGUAGUGAUCAUAGGAGCCAUAUUCAUCUCUAGCUGAUAUUUCACGAUGAAGUAUUCUCGUGUAAUAUAGGGCAGCCGCGGAGGUGUACAGAACACUUUGCGGUUGUAUAGACCUUAAAAGUCUAGCUAUCAUGUUGUAACUUUGAGUAAUGAGGUUCUUCAGUUUUGUCAUUUCAGUUGUUUUUAUGAAAUGCUAUGCUAAAGCCCUUAAAUGUUUUUAGACUUGAUAUCCAUCAGUUUAAAAGGAAUGUCGGUGGAAAUUUUCAUUUAAAACUUUAGAGAAUUUUAUAAAACAAAGUAUGAUACGCCCUCUAAAAUAUUCUACUCUUGUGUUUACUUACAGGAACGUUUAGUUCUUCAUACAUAAUUCCGUUGUCAUCGUCGAGUGAAAAAAACACGCGCCGAUGAUACCCUUGAAAUUACAAAGAAAUCAUGUAUGGAGAACUAAAAAUGAGUCUAGUACUCGGCCAGUUAAGGAUUGGAAUUCAACUGAAAUUAUUUGAUAUCGAUUUCUCACUGUAUCCUUUGUUAUUUUGCCAGACUUUGCCAGGGAAACAUUGCCUUGGUUCAAAAUACGGUUAUUAAUGUUAUUUUCCUUGAGGAAAUUAGAACAA